UCUAAGCAAGAAGGCUUAAUGUGUGCCAAAGCUUCCCUUGUAGUAUCCUCUCAAGUUUCCUUGCCCUGACUAACUUCCUGAAUGUUGUCUGUUUUGCAGCCCCAGUAUCCACAUGACCUCAUCCUAGAGUAAAACUCUCCGUCUUCGCUCACCCAGUGUCAUUCCAUGUUGUAAUCUCCAGCCUGGUUUCAACUCAAGCUGCAUAUCAUUUGGUCUGUUUAUGAAUGAAGAAAUGGAAGUGCUAACAUUUCUGAAUUUCCAUUUAGACUUCUUCAUAAACUGUAUUCUGUGUUUAUUGUUUUAAAAGUUUCUGACGAAUAAAAGGAAGGAUUUGGCUUCUCUCCCAGCUGUGGACUCUUAACAAGCAGUUGUGUUAGGGAAUGGGGGACUUCCUGGUAUUAACGCAUAUGCUGUCUCUGUUGGUGAUUUCUGCACUUUGGAAAAUAACAUCAUCACUGCAUCCCCAGGACCCUAAUGUCUGCAUCAGCUGGGAAAGCUUUGCUGCACCAACAAAAGAAUCCUACGCCCAUCCGUAUAGCCAGGUCCUUGAUGAGCCAUGCUCCUAUGAGUGGAGUUUUUCCAAGUGUCCAAGGCACAAAAUCAUCUAUAAAACAGCCUAUCGACAGGGAGUAAAAGUCGGUUACAGGAAGCGACUGCGGUGCUGCAGUGGAUACUAUGACAGCAAUGACAUCUGUGUUCCUAGCUGUACCCGAGAAUGUGUCCACGGGAAAUGUAUAGCUCCGGAUACGUGCCAGUGUGAAGUGGGCUACAGAGGAGAAGACUGUUCUAGCACUUGUGAUGGACAACACUGGGGCCUUACUUGUAAGGCAUCCUGUAACUGCAAAAAUGGAGCUUUGUGUGACCCUAUGUCUGGAAUCUGUAUCUGUCCACCUGGAUACCAUGGCUCCUCGUGUGAAAAGCGCUGUGAUUCGCGGACAUAUGGGAAGAACUGUCAGCUUCAGUGUCGGUGUGAGCAGGGUGCAGCUUGUCAUCAUGAGACCGGAGAAUGCCACUGCCCUGAGAACUACAUGGGAGCACUGUGCCAGACCAGCUGUUCAGCCAAUUCCUCCAAGAGUGCUUGUUCAACAUACUGCCGAUGUCAGAAUGGAGGAACUUGUCUAUUAUCCAUUAAAUGUGACUGUCCUGCUGGUUGGAUGGGUCCUAUUUGCUCCAUCCCCUGCCCAGAUGGAUACUUUGGGAAGAACUGUAUGUAUGAAUGCCUUUGUCAUAACAGAGGAAGUUGUGACCCUCAGAAUGGACAGUGUCAUUGUCCAUCAGGAUACAUUGGUGACAGAUGUCAAGAGAAUUGUCCAUUUGGAAAAUAUGGAGAAAACUGCAGUGAAGACUGUGACUGUGUCAAUGCUCAUGGCUGUUACCACAUUCAUGGAGCCUGCUUGUGUGAGCAUGGAUUUCAAGGUGCCCGUUGUGAUGAGAGACUAUGCAUAGAUGGGUUCUAUGGAAUGCAUUGUGAACAUCAGUGUCUGUGUGAUGUCAAACACAGUCUCAGCUGUCACCCUAUGAAAGGAGAUUGCACGUGUAAACCAGGAUGGUCAGGGCUGUUCUGCAAUGAAACCUGCCCCCAGGGUCAAUAUGGUGAAGGAUGCCUAGAAAUCUGCUUGUGUCUGAAUGGGGGAACGUGUGACAGUGAAACAGGCCAGUGCAUGUGCCCUGCAGGAUACACGGGAGACCAUUGCUCAGGCCUUUGCCCUGCAGGCGCCUAUGGUGCAAACUGUUCUAACACAUGCAGUUGCAUUAAUUCAAUUAAGUGCUCACCGAUUGAUGGUACAUGUGUUUGUAAAGAAGGCUGGCAUGGGUUAGACUGCUCCAUUCCUUGCUCACAGGGUACUUUUGGUCAAGGCUGUAACAGGACAUGUCAGUGCCUUAAUGGUGCCAGCUGCAGUGCUUUUGAUGGUUCUUGUACCUGUACAUCUGGAUGGUCUGGAGAGAAGUGUGAGCGUCGCUGCCCUGAAGGAAGAUAUGGCCUAGGAUGUUACCAGAACUGUGAGUGCACCCAUGCCGAGACUUGUGACCCUGCAAAUGGACAUUGUAUGUGCAAGCCAGGCUGGACAGGCAGGCAGUGUGAGAUACCUUGCAAGGAAGGCUACUGGGGGCAAAACUGUAACAUGACCUGCAGUUGUAAGAAUGGGGCAUCCUGUGUGAAAGAGAAUGGAACAUGCAUUUGCCCACCAGGAUACAGAGGGGUAACUUGCCAAAGAAGCUGUCGCCAAGGGACAUUUGGAAAAGAUUGUGCCCAACAGUGUCUAUGCCAGAAUGAUGCAGAGUGUGAUCCUGUGGAAGGAGCAUGCCUCUGUCUUCCUGGCUAUAUGGGACGCUACUGUGAUACGAGCUGUCGCCAAGGGACAUUUGGAAAAGAUUGUGCCCAACAAUGUCUAUGCCAGAAUGACGCAGAGUGUGAUCAUGUGGAAGGAACAUGCCUCUGUCUUCCUGGUUAUACGGGACGCUACUGUGAUAAGAUUUUUGAAUUAACUCUUUCUUUAUACUCUACAGGCUGUCGCCAAGGGACAUUUGGAAAAGAUUGUGCCCAACAGUGUCUAUGCCAGAAUGAUGCAGAGUGUGAUCCUGUGGAAGGAGCAUGCCUCUGUCUUCCUGGCUAUAUGGGACGCUACUGUGAUACGAGCUGUCGCCAAGGGACAUUUGGAAAAGAUUGUGCCCAGCAAUGUCUAUGCCAGAAUGACGCAGAGUGUGAUCAUGUGGAAGGAACAUGCCUCUGUCUUCCUGGUUAUACGGGACGCUACUGUGAUAAGAAAUGCCCAGAUGGUUAUUUUGGACCCAAGUGUGAACACCAUUGUGAUUGUCCCAAUGGCAUAACAUGUGACCAUGUGACUGGGCUAUGUAAUUGCCAGCAUGGGCAGGAUGGUACUCCUUGCCAGACAGAGGUGAGAAGCGAUCCGACCUUCAUUGUGCCAGCACCACCUUCAGGUGUGGACUCUCUGGGAGCCAUUGCUGGAAUAACAGUCCUGGUCCUGCUGCUGCUGCUUCUUCUGGUUGUCUUAGUAUGUUAUCGUUACCGAAGAAAGGAGAAAGGAACACGUCACCUCAGUGUAGCAUAUACAACAGCUCGAACAACAAACUCGGAGUAUGCAGUGCCAGAGGUUCCACACAAUUAUAUGCAUUACUACUCAAACCCUAGUUACCACACUCUGACACAGUGUGGGCCAACCCUUCCAUAUGUGCCAAACAAUCAUGAAAGGAUCAACUCCCUAAAAGCCAGCAAUAAUCAUUCUUCUGGUAUAAAGAACAUGGAUAGAGAGCGAAUGGCUUCUUACAGAGCAGAAAGCAAUGCAACACUGCCAGCAGGCUGGAAACACCACAGUGCUACUAACAACUACAGCGAUAUUGGAGCCCAUGGAAUAGAUCGGAGUUACAGCUGUGGCAACAGCCUAGGAAAGUACUACAACAAAGAGUUUAGCAAGAACUCUACCAUCCGAGUGAGUGAUGUCUCACUGAAUAGUGAAAAUCCUUAUGCAACAAUAAAGGAUCUUCCAGAACUUAUAACAAAACCAUGUGAGAGUAGCUACAUGGAAAUGAAGUCUCCCCUACAUCGUGAAAGAGCAUUCACUGAGGUGGCUCUGUAUCCGCCGUCCUGCAGAAGAAAGGAGGAAGAGACAGAUGGUAUGAAAGCUGCAGGAUGUGCCAGUGCUACUUCAAAUCACUAUGACUUUCCAAAGAACAGUCACAUUCCCAGCCACUACGACCUUCCUCCAGUACGACAUUACCCUUCCUCUCCUCAGGUUAGAGAGCAAGAUCGAUGAAGACAAGUUCACAAGUAUUCUGGAAGACAAUAUCAAACCAGGACAUCUCUGGUAGGCAUAAAUAAACCUUGUGGAUAUUAGCAUUCCUGGUGAAAGCUAAAUGAAGUACCCAUCCUUUCUGAGCUGAUGGGUCAUGAGAAUCAUGCAGCUAGUGAAAAGUAUUGUUUCAGAUCUGGCAUGUCUUUCUUCAUGCAUCAGCUAGUGAAUAUUAUUCCCCACAGUUUUUCUGCUGAUUCUGCUAUCACUGAACACAGUCUAUGUCAAAGGAAUGUGGAAACUACAGGACAGAGGCAAGAUAAAACGAGCAAAGAGGAAGAUCAGUUGCCAGUCUGUGACAGAUAUGGCAAACUACCUUGUUGCAUACAUAUAUUUCAUUCUUUCUAGCAUGAUCCAUAAGGAGCAAGAUGAACAACAUUGGUUAACAAGAACAAAAUGUCAUAUGUUUUUGUUCCAUAAACAUAAGCAGGUAUUGUUAAAUAAAAAGAUAAAGAGGUGGGUAUAGAUGGAACGGAGAAAUGUUAGAUGAGGUUUACAGACUACUUCAGUAGUGAAUACUGCAAUAGAAAAUGCAAACUCUUUUGGGGAAUCAGUGAGCCACAACAAAGUGAAAUGCUGCAAACUGUCAGUAUCAGCUAAAGAGAAAGCGUGAACUGGUUUCAGAAAGCGUCUAAGCUGAUCACAGCUCACUUUUUUGAAAGCAAGCUUUGUAAUUCCUAAUGAUUAGGUAAGACCUGUAAACUAAGCUAAUUAAAAUACUGCUUGAAUAUUUUCAAAAUGAUCAUGAUAACCAAAUAACUGGCAUGUACACAGGUACAUCGUUGCACAGUUAACAGUUUUAAACUCUAUUAAAUGAAAGACAAGAUGAGAAAAGUAUUAACAUUUUUAGCAAUAGUUUAUAUUUUGAAACAGUUGAAGGAAAGCAACCAUACAAUGAAACAGACCAAGGAAUGAAAACUGUCAGGUACUGUUAUAUAGAAUGAACUACAGGUUGCCACCAUUUUGUUCAGCAUUACUUCAUAUGUUUUGGUGUAAAUUUUUGCACAACAAACAGGCUACACAUGGAUAAAACAUGGUAGCAUAAAGACUUUUUUCUAGCAAAAUAAAUGUGUGAAAUUGUAAAUAUCUGGCAUUGUCAAGUGCUGUUAGCUUUAUCUCCUCAGGCUCUACCACAUUGGAAGUACUGAAUUUGUUUUUUAAGUAUUGCAGACACUGGUUGUGUGCAGUGAACCACAGAUGUAAUGCAUAUUUUAUAUUGCACACCUGGACUGAAGUGUAAAUAAACGUGUUUCUAAAUA